GGCUUAUUCAUCGGUUUUGUAGCAAAUGAUUUAAGGCAUGAGUUGGGUGGUUUGGCCAUCAUGAUAGUGUCAGGCGUUUACGUGGCAUGGGUGCUCUUGCUACUAUUUCUGACGUCAGCCCGCGAUCCCGGUAUCAUGCCGCGAAGCACGUCGCCACCGGAUCCGGAGGACGACUCAGGGACCAUUCAGCACACUAACACCUCGUCCUUCUCCCAAGAGUUUGGCGGCGGAUCGAGCGCAAAGAGGAAGCUCCCUCGGACGAAAGACGUUGUCAUUCGUCCCGGUGUGGUCGUGAAGAUAAAGUAUUGCGACACGUGCAUGCAUUACCGGCCGCCACGUUGCUCUCACUGCUCAAUCUGUAACAACUGUGUGGAAAGAUUCGAUCAUCACUGCCCCUGGGUGGGACAGUGCAUCGGCAAGCGCAAUUACCGUUUUUUCUUCAUGUUCGUUGUCUCCACUACACUGCUAUGCAUCUAUGUGUUUGGUUUGUCGGCUUUCUUGACGAAGAAAUCAAUGAGCAAGGAGGGCAUGAAUCUUUGGCGGUCCAUGACGAAGAAUCCUGUCGCUAUCAUCCUCAUGGCCUACACUUUCGUGGCCGUGUGGUUCGUCGGUGGUCUUACCAUCUUCCAUUCGUAUUUGAUCAGCACUAAUCAGACCACUUAUGAGAACUUCCGCCAUCGCUUCGAGAGCCAAGGCAAUCCCUUCACGCAGGGCUGCCUGGCCAACUUCAAGGAGGUGUUCUGCACCCCUAUCGAUCCGUCGAAGAACAAGUUCAGAGCCUUUGUGACGGUGUCGGGGCCGCUGGCGGCAUCCUCGGCGAGGUUAAGCGGUGGUGGAGGGGCGGGAGUGAUGGAGUUGUCCCCUAGAAACGGGGGAGGGGGCGGGUUCGCUGCUGCUGCAGGAGGCGGAAGAGCGGCAGUGGGCCCGUCUGUGAGCUCGUCACAGCAGUCUCAUACGUCGAAUUUACGACACGUGGCGGGCUCCACGGCUGGAGACGGAAAUGUGCAGAUGCUCGCGCAGCAUCAGCAGCAUCAGCAGCAUCAGCAGCAGCAACAACAGCAGCUGUAUCAUCAGCAACAGCAGCAACAUCAUCAUCCGCAGCAGAACAGUCCGUGGCUGUCGCCCAUACUUGCAAGAGGGAGUGGACGUUAUUCGGGUGGGAGAGAAGGAGGAGGGCACCAGCAGCAGGAUACGUUGGAUGUCGCCAUCACCGUGGACCUUCGGAUGAGGGGAGAGGGCGAGAGGGCGUAACCAGCGUAGCUUCUUUGUCUAGCCCAUCCGCUCUGUAAAUACUUGUUCAAGGCGCGUGCUGGUGGCGCGUUUCCGCUCGUUUGCGCUGCCUUCCCGCCGCCGACUUGUUGAGACGUGCCAUCAGUGGGUGAUGGCGAUGUUAGGCGGUGAUAGAUGGGAACAGAUGACGACAACACGCGGCGGUGAUGUGGUCUCUCUCCUCUCUUUGAACGGCGGGGAUUAUGCAUGCGACAGGAAGGCUCAUCGCGGUCGCUUUUGAGAGCCGGCGACGAGGAGGGGGCACCAAGAACUGGGGCAUAUAGAGCGGGGGUGGAAGUUUGACGGGGGAAACCCGGUACUACAUGUGACGUCCCUGCAGCAGGUGCAAUGCGCCGCUGGGAGCGGAUGAGCUGGAUCAUAUGGUUGGACGUCAAAGAAGAGGGUAAUCGGGGAUCAUGGUGACGAUAAGGCAGGUUUGGAGGAGUGGGAAGAGGGGGAAGGCGACGACGACGACGACGAGAGAGUCUAUGAGCGGGGUUGAGAGGCUUAUACUGAGCGGCUGUUUCCUCGUUCUGGAGUCAGGGAGAAGUGGCACGGGAGGGUGCGCACAUUUAUAACGGAUUUUCGGCGCCAAGUGUGUGGCCCCGUCCUUGGAGGGGGUGUUUUGCGAAAUUAACUCUUUUGGAGAAUGGAAGGUGACACGCAGGGGAUCCAGAGCUGAUUUAGGGCAUGCCUCGUCUAGCUGUCAGCCAACGGACACGGGCCGCCAUCCUUUCCUGUCGAAAUUGACAUCGGCACUUUCGCCGCGAGAGCGGGGGGGGAAGGUUUUACCCUUUUUUUUCCCUUCUCCGCGGGGUAUCGGAUGAUGCGCGUUUCUCUCCUUUUUCUGUCUCUCUGUGGACGGAUCUCUCGCUGUCUGAUUCUCACGGCUGGCGGGCGAUGGAUUGGCAGGUGCUGCUGCUGAGAAGCUUGGACCAAGUAUCCGCAUAUAUGACAUUGAAAGAGCUCUCUGCCUCUCCCGGGUACGUAUGGGCAGUUUAAGUUAACCUGUUUCUACGUUUAAACAUGAGCUGUGGACGAGCGGCUUUCUUCUAUCAGGUAAUCAACGUGCGAGAUGUGAGGCUACCUUUCGCUUGAUGAUUCACGGGAAAGCUUUCUACUGAUUGGCAGCUAAAGGAUGGGGGAGAGAGAGAGAGAGAGAGAGAGAGAGAGAGAGAGAGAGAGAGAGAGAGAGGUUCCGCCGCGCAGUUCAGCUCAAGCCGAUUGAUAUCCGCGGCCUGCAAAGAGGUUUUGUGAGUUCGUAGUGCACUCUUUCGCUCGUAUAUGGAUGCUUACUGUAUCUAUCAUGACUCUGUCUCGCUCUCUCUGAUGUGGACAUACAAUCUAUCUCGCCCGUUAGUCGAUCUUCUUCCUUGUUUCUCCGUGAUGAAGAGGGUGGCCAAGGCAUAUAGCAGCAUAUCAGCGCGAUUUGCCCGUUUCUUCUCGCCUACCACUUGUCCGGUUCGAUUAUGUCCAAGUGAUCCAGCUGUCUGCGGGAUUCGUAGGAGGGAAUGAAUAUGGUUGAUGAUUUUUGCCUUUUCUGUUUACAUUUCCUGUCCGAUCUUUGUAUGUCUGUGCCAACGUGCGUUUGUUUACCGACGGGGCGCGGAGGCGGGUUGGCAAGCAUAGCCGUGUUUUUCUGUGGAUAAGCUUUUUACUCUGCACUUCUGCGGAGCAGAGCGUGGGACAAGGAGGGAGAGGAAGAGAGAGGCCGCCAUUUGUGACCGGUGGUUCUUGGAGCGAGUUGAGGUCUAGUUUUUCCUCAAGUGCAUGGUGCGUGGCGUGUGACAGGAAUUGCGCGUUGAUGUAUGGGCGGAAAGUGAACGAAGGACGGAAGCGAGGUUACUGGCAUUGGGGUUGAUAUACACGGCUACACGUGGCCACGAUCUCCGUGAAGUGUUUUUCGUGGUGUUUUCGCGCUUGUACCGAAAAGGUCGAGGAGCUCUUUCGUGAGUAAGGGGACCGAGUGCGCGAGCUCGACUUGUUGCCCCCCAUACUGAGUAUUGCAACGCGUAUGUACACUACAUAUAGUGUUGCAUUUAGACGCAUGUAAGGGGCGUUGGUUUGGUCAUCCUCAUUCUACACUGCAUUUGAGUGCUUUGUGUCGUCGUCGCUAGCUUCAUCCCCACGUGGCAGCAGGGCCUGGAACUUCGUCACGUGGAAGGAAACGGCGUCUCUCCCCGGACAUUGACAAUGAUCUGAGCUGCUGACACACAAGGAAACGCAGUGUGUGAAACGUGGGCCUGACGACUUGGCCUGAGCGUCCCAGAUGGGGCAUCCUGAGACUUGGCAGCUCGGCUUGGGUCGUAUGGGAAGUAUGCGGGAAGCAGGUAGGCUGUCCUGAAGGCCGACAGGUGGUCGGCUCCGUUUCUCUGCUGAAAGUAUUCUGGCAUCCUUGUCACUCUUGCUCGUGUAGAUGGGUGCGUGGCAAUCAGGUGCUAUGCAAAGAGUGCCAGGAGAGGAGAGAGUAACGAAGAGAGACGAUGACGGAAAGGGGGCUCGUUUGCUGGUAUUGAACACUUCGUUGGGCGGUUUUGUAGAUACUUGCGGUUCAAGUGCCAGAGAUUGUGGUAUUCUGUCAAUGCAGAAGUCCAGGAUUAGAAUCAAAUUGGGAGGUUGAAACACGACAGUAGGAGAGCACAGGAAACAGGCCACGGGCGAGAGGAAAGGACUUCAUGAAACCCGCGUGCGCGCGUUGUACACUCCUUCUGAGUUUCAGUUCCCUCGCAUGGAAAUGAAGCGUCGAGAGGGUUUUGGCGGCCGUUCUAGUUGGCAAGAGGGUUUUGGUCUUCUCCUGGUACAGCUUAUGUGGAGGUUGGGGAGAUGUGAGGACAAAUGUAUAAAUGGGGGAGAAGACUGAAAGUGGACGGGAAUUGCUCAGGCUCUCCAUGUUGUUAAAUAGCUUUUCAGAUAGCAAUGGAGGAGUGUAUCUACUGCACGAACUGAGUAGGACGGACAAAAUGCAUGUGUUUGAUUGUAUGCGCAUGAACAUGGAUGAAAUCCAUGUGUUUGGAUUGUUUGCCCACACACGCACGCAUACCCUGCGCAUUGCCACACCCAUACCCAUGCGCAUACGCG